UGCGUGGGUCGCCAUGGGGACGGGGCUGUUCCCGGGGAGGCUGUGAUGGGUUGACAGGUGCGUGACAGUGGAAGCUGCUCUCGGCACAAGCAUGUACGGCAAAGGCAAGAGUAACAGCAGCGCCGUCCCGUCCGACAGCCAGGCCCGGGAGAAGUUAGCACUGUAUGUAUAUGAAUAUCUGCUCCAUGUAGGAGCUCAGAAAUCCGCCCAGACAUUUUUAUCAGAGAUAAGAUGGGAAAAAAACAUCACAUUGGGGGAACCUCCAGGAUUCUUACAUUCUUGGUGGUGUGUAUUUUGGGAUCUCUACUGUGCAGCUCCAGAAAGACGAGAAACAUGUGAACAUUCAAGUGAAGCGAAGGCUUUCCAUGAUUAUAGUGCUGCAGCAGCUCCCAGUCCAGUGCUAGGAAACAUUCCCCCAGGAGAUGGCAUGCCAGUAGGUCCUGUACCACCAGGGUUCUUUCAGGGACCGGCAGGUUCACAAUCUUCACCACAUGCACAGCCCCCACCUCACAACCUCAGCAAUCCCAUGAUGGGACCUCAUGGUCAGCCUUUCAUGUCACCUCGGUACCCUGGAGGUCCAAGGCCGCCAUUAAGAAUACCCAACCAGGCACUUGGGGGUGUCCCAGGAAGUCAACCAUUAUUGCCCAGUGGAAUGGAUCCAACCCGGCAACAAGGGCAUCCAAAUAUGGGUGGGCCAAUGCAGAGAAUGACCCCUCCGAGAGGAAUGGUUCCCUUAGGACCGCAGUCUGACCCUUGGUUAUCAUUACAGAAUUAUGGAGGUGCAAUGAGACCCCCUCUGAAUGCUUUAGGUGGUCCUGGAAUGCCUGGAAUGAACAUGGGUCCAGGAGGCGGUAGACCUUGGCCAAACCCAACAAAUGCCAAUUCUAUACCUUAUUCCUCAGCAUCUCCGGGGAAUUAUGUAGGUCCUCCAGGAGGGGGAGGGCCACCAGGAACUCCCAUCAUGCCUAGUCCAGCAGAUUCAACCAAUUCCGGAGACAACAUGUAUACUUUAAUGAAUGCGGUACCACCUGGGCCCAACAGACCUAAUUUUCCAAUGGGCCCAGGGUCAGAUGGCCCUAUGGGUGGAUUGGGCGGAAUGGAGUCACAUCAUAUGAAUGGAUCUUUAGGCUCAGGAGACAUGGACAGUAUUUCCAAGAAUUCUCCCAAUAACAUGAGCCUGAGUAAUCAACCAGGCACUCCAAGGGAUGAUGGUGAAAUGGGGGGAAAUUUCUUAAACCCUUUUCAGAGUGAGAGUUAUUCCCCUAGCAUGACAAUGAGUGUGUGAUCCAUUACCAAAUUUCCUCAUGAAAACCACAGUGAGUCAGCCCUCUUCACAGAACUACUACAGAAGAAAAUAUUUCAUCACAGUGUACAGUUUAAACAAAAGGAUCUCAGUCACAACCAAACCAACCUUUUUUUUUUUCCUGCUCUCUCUCCUACUUUGUGAAGAAAGCGGGUACAAACGUGAUUCAAACAACUGUAAGGAGUGGCAUAUUAGAAUUGCCCUAAACAGAACUGCAAACAAUUAUCUGUGUAUGUAUAUUGUGGGGAAGAUGAAUGUACUGUAUGUAUGUAUGUUCUAUAUACAUAUACAUGCACACAUGCAUACAUGUGCCCACAGGACAUUGUAAAAUAUUAUCACAUGACAUCUUAAGUAGAAAUAAGAAGUAGGGACUUUUAUUCCAUCUUUUUUCACGUUUACAUUUUAAUUAUUAAAAGUUGCUUUUUUCCCCCUGAACUAUUUUGUGCUGUGUAUAUCACUGCUUUAUAUAAGUUAUUUUUUAAGGUGAAUUCAGAUGAUAAGUUGUUAUGGUUUUGUAAAUGUCUGCAAUCAUGGAUAGGAAUAAAAUUGCUUAUAUGAGAGCUUUCAUUAAAUUGUGUUUGAUACAAGUUAUCCUGUGAAUCAUAAACUGUACUGUCUCAAGAAAUAGAAGAAAGCUUGUCCUAAUUUUUAUGUCAAAUUCUAACAAUUUUCACAUACCUUUUGAAGGUUUUGAAAUUACUUUUCUUCCCUAAUUGGGACUUAAUACAGUAUAUUUCUGCAAUAUCUAUUAUAAGAGGAAGUCUUGAAUUGUUUGAAUCAGUUUAUUCAGAAAAUAAGAAAGGACGAUAGAUGAGCCCCAGUUGCUUUUUAACCUGGCAAUAAAGAGGCAGGGGCUGUCCUGUUAUUGGCAGUGUAUUUUCAGUUUAAUGAGACCGAGCCCAGAAGUGGAUCUAGAACAACUGUUUGAAUGUUUUGCCUCUCAACGGAAAUACCAGACCUGGGCCCUUAGACUGAAAUCAGAUUCUUAAUCUAAUUGAAUAUUUUUACCCAGGCACUGUGAAGCAACAGGGAUGAAAUUGCUCUUAUGGCUUUAUGCACACAUGGAGGAUUUGGCUGCAUUGUCUAGGAACCACCACUGCUGCUUUAUGUUCUCUCAGCGUGUUCUGUGCCGCUGGCAGAAGGGAGAAGUGAGGGACUGCCAGUCUGGAUGUAUCAAUUCACCGACCACAGUCGGGUUCUGCCGUGACUCGGAUUUUUUUCCUGAUAAAUUGGGCAGCGGUGAUGUUGGCUUCGGCCUUUGCCUUCAUCAGGUUACUCUGACAUUUAGAGGCUCUCCAAGAGAUGGCAAGGGGAUGCUUUACCAGAAAAAAAAACGGCAAAACAAUUCUGCCUGCACUUGAAGUGGCUCUAUGUUCUUCAGCCCUUUGACAAAUCCAGUGCUUUGCUCUGCCUUGGUUAAAAAAACAAAACCCUGAGUGUUGCACAUUACCAGGAAGAGUUUCACUCCAUUCCCUGAAGGAGAGACAGGAGAGCCUUUUCUGAGGCCCAUCAGCAAUAGUAGCACCAAACACUUGACCUAGUGGAAGGGGUGGUUUGUCUUGGCUUCCCAAACUCGCCUGGAAAGGUUUGCACUGGGAGUCUUUCUGCUUCCUAAAGUAAAAUCCUACAGUUUGUAGGAAUGGAAGAGAUGAGCAGAGUAUUUGCUGGUUUUGAUCCCAAAUGACUUACUCAAGUCCCUAAUGAAGUAGCCCUCUCUGAAGAAUAAAGAUUUUGCCAGCGUAUAACUGAGUGCAGGACAGAAUUGUUCAGAGAAGAAGGGAAGUGAAUUAAAUUUAUGGCCUAGAUUUAAAUUGUAAUAAAAUGAGUGCCCAUUAAUCACAGAGCUCAAGAGCAGAAGAAUGUAUAUCAGAGAACGGCAUCAGGUCUUUGAGCUACAUAAAAAUCUGUCGAAUGAAAAAAAUCAAACAAAAAUGUCUUUAAUUCAGUUGUUAGAAUAGCCUGAAUAGAACAUUUUGCCAGAUAUCUGCUUUUUAUCUAAAGUCCUAAUCCUGAAGAUCUUUCUGAAAAGCUACAUCUUUAGCAAAAAUGAGAAACCCAGAGAGUUCUUUUACUAUCUACUAUUAUCUUAAAUUAUAUUAUAGUACUGUAUUUUUGCCAUUUUGUUGAUUCUUUGAAGUUGAUCUUGAUUUGUAUUUCUCUCUUAGAAGUGAAUUGUUUCUAUUGCCUCCAGGAAUCCCAAGCCUGAUUUUGCUGUCCUUAUCCAAGGUUAAUCCUGGAAUAGGUCCACCAUUACUGACUCAUGGUGUAAGAAAUACAAAAUUCAGUAAAUCGAAUUCUUCAACUCAUGCAUUUCCCUUUUCUCCACUGUUCAGUCAUUUCAGACAAUCAUUUCUUGAUCUCAAGCAAGAAAAAUAUUUGUCCAUGAGGGGAAAAAUUCCUCAGAAAUCCUAUACAGUAAAAAUUUAAGAUCUACUCAGUAAGAAUGCCUGUUUUAAAGUUAUCCAAACGAUACUCUCUCAUUUACACAAAGGGACAGAGUAUAAAUCUCAAGCAUAACGAUUUUGUUGUGUGAUUCAUUAACCCCAUUUUUACGACCUAUAGUGACACAGCUCGGCCUUUCUUGCACUCCUGUUUUCUGUCUCCACCCAAGGCCCCUACUGUAUUUUCUCACCUAAGUGACCCAUUUUUUGGCAUAAUUUUUGCAAUGCAAAAACAGGGAUGGGGCUAUUACAUGUGUCAGAUAAGAACAGUAAGGGGGGCAGGAAAACAAAGAGGAGGAACAAAGGAGGGGAGAAGGGAAAGGUUAGAAGAGCACUAGAGACUGCAUCUCUGACUUCUAUUACUGCUUAAAAUUAUGUGGUGAAAAAAAAACUUUUUUUUCCUCCUCAAAAAUCCAGGAGGGAAAAUUAUGUGUUGGAGGUAAUUAUGCGAGUAAAUACAGUAUCUUGACCUGAAUGCACACUUACUGUUAUUUGGGCUACUUUUAAACAUUUUACCACACGCAAGUGAUGAUAUCAACGACCCUCACCUUACACUUUCAUAUUGUACAUGAGCACAAUCUGUAAAUAAAACACCAAGAAUGAUAGUAGAACUGUGUGAAAUAUUCUUUCUCACAAGGAUUGCUCCCACCUCCAUGGUACGUAGGCUAAUCACAGAUUAAAGAACAUCUCAAGCCCUUUGAAGGUGAAUUAUUCCUUUUUAAAUUACCAGCCCUUUUUUUUGGCCUUCUUUUCCUUUGCUACAAGAAUACUGUAGCAAAAAGUUCACAGCUUAUGUGUGAGUCUUGGACCACUUUAUAAAGGUCAUCAGGUUUGGAUUCAGUUUGUUUCACUACAAAAUUCCAGAGUUUCCAACCUGAACUACACAGUAAUGUACGCUGAAAGAAUAAUGUCAUCCUUUUUCUUCCGACUUCACUUACUAUACUCUAUAGGGAUUUGACAAAGGACAAAAACAUACGUGGGAGAAUAUCAUUUUUAUUUUUGAGCACUGAUUUUUCCCCUUUGUGUCAUUAGUGUAGUAGAGUUACUGUAGCUGCCUUUAUUUAUUUGCUUAUUCAGAGCUCUAGCAUAAUGUCAACAGUAAUCUUUACAGGCUGUGGAAAAACAAUAAUGGAAGAUAUUCUCCUUCCGUGUAGCGCUAAGUAUAUUCUGUAUAUUUUUCUUUGUAUUGGAUUUCAUUGAAAAUGUAUGGAGUAUUACAGGAGGCUAAUUUGGUCCAGUGCUUAGUACCUAACUCUGAAAUUCUAGGGCUUCUGAGUACUGUUAGGUUUUUCGUUGGGGAGAAGAAGGGAGUUGGCUGCACUGCACUCAGGAAUGCAGUCUUUUCCUAAGUACUAUUUUCACUAAUAGCAUGUGAUUCCUAAAACAGAUUUUUUAAAACACUUUUUGAUAACUUGAGAAAUAGACUUAUUGUGAGUCUUUGGUCAACAGCAGUGCUAUUGGCUGUUAUUAUCUCAUAUGUAGUGAGAAUCUAGGAAUAGCCUAUUCUCAGCUCUGCAGGGUAAUGGUAGAUAGAUUGAAAGAGGCUAAAUUUAUCCUACAGAUCUCUGAUCCACUUCAUUUUAGCAAAUGAUCUUAGGGGCCUUCUCUAAGAGACCUUCUCGCAGAAAUGUAAAUGGGUAGCCAAAGUGACUGAUUUUAAUUUAACUUCUCACUCUGUCUCAUCCUACCUGGUGGCAGGCCACUUUAUCCAUCUUUAGGCAGACGAUUAGGGCCUACCAACAUCAGGGACCUACUGACAUCUCCACUGUCACCACCAUACAGGAGCAACGCUAGCAGAUAUGGGGCAGAAGAGGGUAUACCACAUGCUUUCAUUUUCAUUCUUUUUUUUUUUUAGGAUGGAGCUGCAAAUGAUAAGGGGCAUAGCCUCAGAGCUGGGUGCAACCUCAGUUCCCCCCAUUGUUCUUGACAGAUCAUCAAACCAUUUUGGUCUAAAAGUGUCUGUCUCUCCCUCUAGACUUUAAGCUCAUUAUGAGCAGAGAAGUGUCUGCCAAAUCUGUUGUACACUCCCAAGCGCUUAGUACAUUGCUCUCCACAUAGUAAGUGCUCAAUAAAUACCAUCGUUAGAUUGUCCGAUUAAAAAAAAUCAUUGCACAGAGAGGAGGGAGGAAGCUUUAGGCAAAGCUAGGACCCACUACUUCAUUGAGAUUCACUCUUUACAAGUGGGGGCCUUCAAAACAAAUAUCACAGCUCUCAAUUAGUGUUAUCAAAAGGCCCUAUUUCACCUUUUUUAAUUUGUAUGACAAAUUAUUGUUUCAUCGCAUUUGAUCACUAACCAAACAGGAUGAAGCAGAACUUUUUCUAUGCCCCCAUUUGAAAGCAGAGACCCAGGUUUAAACAUACAUCUGUUGAAUCCAACUUUGAAAUUUGGACUCCUAAGGAUCAGAUUUGAACAUAAGGUAUGCUAUAGAAUUUUCUAAAGAAAAUCAAAGGGUCCUGCCCUCAGGCAUAAGCUACCCUGUCACUUCACCAUCUUUCCUGUGGCAUUUCAUUUUGCAGACUUAGAGAUCUCUUUCAAGAGAGAUGCUUGUCAGCAUCCUUAUGAAUCAUUUCUGUGUCUUUCAACUAUUGUUUGGCAUCUUGCCCGGUUCCGUUUUCACUUCAGUAUAUCAACUAUAUUGUCUAUUUUUCAUUUAGAUGAAAUGUAACAGUCAUGUAUUGCAUUAUUACUUGGUGGUACUUUUGACCAACCCAUUGUGCGAUAUGCUAUAAAUUAUAGCUACCCUAUUUUACCACCCUGCCCUGGCUUAAUCGUCACUAGAGACCUUAUUUUUAUAUACAUUUGGACAGAUGGAUCUUUUGCCCUGUAUUUGAUUCCUACUUGAAGUUCUGAAGUGCAAUAAUUCCUAUUCUCAGUUCUUGCAAAACUGGGUUUAACGAAUCACAUGCAUAGUCUUUAGUUUAAAUCCUAUGCUAAAGUUUGGGGAUAAAUUACGGAUGAAAGUGAAUCCUUCCCUCUCUCUCCUCAAAUCCCCUAAAAUAAUAAUUUAGUAUUCAUGAAAGAUACCAGAGUGACAGUCCUCAAAUACGGGUAGAAGAUAGCAGCCAAGACGUUGACUUCUUCGACCUCCUCAACAUCCAUGCUAGUUUUGUCGCCCCAUCCUUACCGUGGAAGAACCGCACCUGAAGAUGAGAGGGUGAUUCAAUGUCUGUGGCUAUCAUUUUUUGCUGAUACAGUAGCGAUGAUACAGGCUAAUUUCAAUUAGUGAUUUUUUUUUUUUGCAUGGGUUAGGGGGUUCUCGUCCCAACAAUGCCACUAGCCUGCUGGGUUACUCUGGGCAAGCACCUUAACUCCCUGAGCCUCACUUGCCUCAUCUCUAAAAUGGGGGUGUCUUACCCCCACUCUCUUAAACAGGGGCAGAGGCUGUGGCCUAUCAACCCCAGCACUUAGCACAGUGCUUUUACAUAGAAUAAGCAUUUUAAAAACAAAUGCAAUUUUAAUUGUUAUUUUAGGACCGGGGAUAUUUGCCCACUAGAAACCAGGAUGACGAUAAUGUUUGAUUUCAUAUAGGACCAAAUUUUAGUCAUCAUCCUAUAUCCUAGUGAGAUCCUUCAGAUAGAAACUUCCAAAUCCCUUUGCAGGGUUCCUGAGCCACCCUUUCCUUUGAUGGGUUUGAAAGAUAAAGUUCAUACUGUAAUUAACAGGUAAGAAAGACAUAUCUCUGCUCAAGUUUUCUUUAGCAGAGAGAAAAUGAUUUCAUAAGAAGUUUCAAAUAAAUUUCGAUAUUCUUCCGAUUCUUCAUGAAGACAGUACUGAGUAUGAAUUAUAGAGUAUAACAAGGGUGUAUGUACAGCAGAUUAGGACUUUACAAGGAAGCUUUCCCAUCCUAUUUGGUAUCCCUGGGCCCAAAAUAUUCUCUUCCUUUCCCUGCCCUCUCUGAGUAUCGUGUCCCAAAUUGCACAUAUUUUCUUUAUCCCUUUUCCUUGAUAGGGUGGCUAUUCGCAGAAUAAAUGUUGUGCUUAUUUUUGAUUGCCAAAAUCAUUGAAUUUUACAAUCCUGCCCCUAGACACAUUUGGUCCUUCAUCUUUUAGAUUGCAUUUAGACCUGAAGGGCCACCAAGGUAAACUUUAAUAUUUGUAGGAAGGAGUGAUGUGGUUAAGGGUAUUUGUUCCAAGUUCAACUCAAAGCUGCACAGUCAAUUUUCCCCUCCUGCAUAACUGAGAGGUCCACAAAUAUCUGAAAAGAGCUGACUUUGGAUUCCCUUGAUGGCCCGUAGAAAGGGAAACUGGCGGCUGGUAUUACCAACAAAGUUUUCUUCAGCUAAGAAAUCGAGCUGCUCGUGGGCAUCAGUUAAAUGUAAUGAUCCAUCUAGUUAUUAAAAAAUAACUGAAAGGAUCUGAUUCAAUAAGGAAACCUGUUCAGUCUUCCAGAGUAUGAAAAGCAAAUCUCCUUCGAAUUCCAUCAGACCCUGGAAAAUGUCUCAAUCUAAACUAAUUAUAAUUGAAAUAAUUUGUGUGCAUGACUUUGUCUUUCUUAGGACUUUCUGUUUUUUGAAAUCUUCAGCUUUAUUUGCAUCGGGAUCUCUUUAUAUAAUUACUACAAACUAUAUAGUAGCAUAUUAGAAUAAUCGAAAGGGCAUGUUGGUGUUUCAAACCGAAAAGGGAAAAAUCUUUAUAUGUAGUUAGAAAUAUUUCUUUUUCAUGCACACAGUAGCUGUCUUUAAUAGUUUACCUGAUAGUCAUAAUUUUAGAAUUUGAAACUGGGUUUUUGUUCUCAGGACAUGUUAAAUUGUUCAUUCUUGAGUCUUCCUGGAAAUAGUAAUAUGGUGUUAUUUGUAAAGUUUUUGAAAUGCAUAAUUUUAUGCAUAAAUCUAAUUGGUGUCUAGGUUGACUUUUAGCUUUCUUCUGUUUCUUAAUUUAUUAAACCACUGCCCACAGCUACCUAAACAUUUUUGUAAAUUUACUCUCUUUUCCUGUAUUUUUAAUUGUUCCGUCAUUACAAUUUCCACUAUCGAAGGAUAGCAGCUUCACCAUUUUUAUCCACACAUACAUCUGGCCACUAUUUAUCAUUUGAAUUUCUGUAACGGGAAAACUUGCCAUGAAAAUGUACAAAGAUAUCCUUUUAUUGGGUACAUGUUUUCACAUUUAAUAAAAGUAUAGCUUUCAUUUAUAAUUUCCAACCUUUCAUUUCUAGCAACUAUUUCAUUACUGUUUGGAAAAGAGAUUGAAAAAUAAAUCAAACCUUUGCAAUUGAA